AUGGAUAUCGACGACGAUGACGACGAUUUCUACGCGCCGGAUGAGCCCGAAGAGCAGACAUCUGCCGCGACGCAUGCUGAAGCAGCAUUAGACCUGAAGCCAGAAGAAACCUCGGCUGAAGCAGAAACAGAAGGGGGCGCUGGGCAGGGUGAUGAUGCAGACGCUUUAGAAGAUGGUGAUGGCGACGAUGGUGGUGCCAUGGACGAAGACGGCGGCGAGGUCGAGGACGGUGUGGAAGAGGACGACGACGACUCAGACAUUGACAUCAUCACGGAACGGAAAGACGGCACAAAAGCAGCCCCUCCUUCACAAUCGAAGUACAACGACAUUCGCAAUAUACCACAGCGGUCAACCACUGGCGAAGGGAGCGCCAAGGCGACAGGAAAGUCUGACGACACAGCGGCAGCAGCUGCAGCAGGACGGCGAGGCAGUGCAGGCGAACCGUCCGCCGACUACCCAGCCGUGUCCACAUCGACUGUUGACAUCAACGCCAUUCCCGUCCACAAGGCCACCGGCAAGCCCAUCACACAAGUCAACAUUGACCUGGACCUCCCCGAGAACGACAAACCGUGGCGCAAGCCGGGCACGGAUCUUAGCGACUACUUCAACUACGGCUUCGACGAGUUCACCUGGGCCCUCUAUUCACAAAAGCAGGAGAGCCUGCGCACCGAGUACAACCAGGACGCCGUGGCCAGUUCCAACAAGCGCAUGAUGGAAGACUUCAACAUGAUGCUGAUGGGCGGCAUGCCGGGGAUGGGCGGUAUGCCGGGUGGGCCUGGUGGUGUUGUUGGUGCUGGCAGCGGCGGCAACAGCAUGGCCUCGGGCGGCGUGGUUGCUGGCGGGCCCGGUGCCAACUCGACUGCGGCCGGCGGGAACAAUGCGGGCUCUGGCGGUGCUGCUGGUGCCGGCAGUGGUUCUGCCGCGGCUAGUGCUGCCCAAGGCGGUAUGCAGGGCAUGCCAGGCAUGGACGGUGGCAUACCGCCCGAGAUGCAGCAGAUGCUCCAGCAGAUGAUGGCGUCGGGCAUGGACCCCAGCCAAAUGGACCCCGCGACAAUGGCUGCCAUGAUGGGACAAAUGGGCGGUGGUGGUCCUGGUGGUGCUGCCGGCCAGGGAGCGGCUGCCGGCGGUGGUUACGGUAACCAAGGCUUUGGCGGCAACCAAGGUUUCGGUGGCUACGACCAGACCAUGGGCGGCGGCAAUGCUAUUCGCGGUGGGUUUAACCGGGGCCGAGGCGGGCGGAGGAAUUGGUAG